AUGAAAAUUAGUGUCGGUCAACAGCGAACAUUAGAGAUUCUGAUAGAAGUAUUCAAAAAGGCAAUGGCAGAUAUCAAUUUGGACGGUCAAUGGUUUGUCGAUGGUGGAACACUUCUGGGAUCUAUCCGACAUCACGAUUUGAUACCUUGGGAUGACGAUGCUGACAUUAGAUUGGAUGUCAAAUAUUGUCCAGUGAAUCAAGCUGCCCUGAAGAAACUCGCUCCCAAAUUCCUCACUUACAAAGGGGCUGGGCAUGAUAAACUCUUCUUUGCUCCAUUUAAUGCCUCAACAAAUGUCACUCCCAAAUCAAUUGGCAGUCAUGCCUUUGUCAAAUAUCCAUGGGCAUGGCCAUUCAUCGACAUUCUUUGCUAUGAGGAGUACCAACCCCACAAAUUCAAAAAUUACAGAGAUUAUCCUACAAGAUAUGCCCUAAGUGAUAUAUUUGCCUUGACAUAUCGGCCAUUUGGAAAACAGUGGCUGCCGUCACCGAGACGACCUAUUAGUUACUUGAAAGCCCACUACGGUAACAAGGAACGAGGUUGCAAAUCUCACCAUUCGUUACACGCCACAGAGAGUGGAGCUAAGGUAGUAGUUGAGGAUUGUGCGAAUCUGUUGGACAAAUAUCCCUUUGUGCAUCGAUGUCGUGUUCCCAAACGUGAGAGGAGAAAACAGCACUCUGAACUAUGUGAUGAAUAUCUGGUGAAUGGAAGUGGACAAGUCAUUCACAAAAUUCGUCUUCCACUUGAUGCCGAUGAAUGCAAAUCUCCAUUCUACACAGCCAGACACAAAUCUUUCAGAUGUCCGUGGUACUGA